AUGCAAGUGUGCCAGCAGCACGCCAUUCCCUGCCUCACUGCUCAGUGGGACGCAAACCUUGGCACCAAUGCUGCCUUCAACGUCACCAUCAACCUACACCCGGCAGUGGUGGAUGUGGGCAGCACGUUGGCUAGCUUCUUGCAUGAAGCACAGGGCUGGAAGGAGCUGGGGCUCAUCUACGCCCAUGAUGACAGUAAGUUAGCGACUGCAUCUGGUCAAGAAGUCGCCUUCAUUCCCCGCAAAAAAGAAGUAAAAUGA